CUCCUCCAGUCAGUGGACUGCGCGUGCGCAACGCCCGUACGCGCCGCUUCUAACAUACUCGAAAUUUGUGUACAAAACAAAGUAACUAAAUCGGAACCAGUGACGAAACUUAUGUGUCUGUGAUGAUGAAUACAGUGAUGUGUUCUUAGAUGUUUAUUAUCAAGAUGACAACGACAUGUAGUGCUAGAGACAACGAACGAAACAAAAGACAGGCCAAAUAUUUGUAUUUAAGAAAGUGACGUCACAAUUAAUAAUGGAGGGCGUAAGAGUGACGCACCAAGGAGUGCGCGCCCACUCCGCCGAGGGGACCGCGGGGCGGAUCACCCAGGCCGGGCUGGCGGCCCGGAGCCCUGAGGGUACGGCAGCUAAAGGCAUGGCCAUAAAAGGCCAUGAAGACCUCUGGGUUGAAAUCCAGGCCAACACCUUUAGGAACUGGGUGAAUGAAACCUUGAAACCUGCGAAUAUUAAGGUAGUGGACCUUGUGGAAGACCUUCGUGACGGCACGGUACUGUGCUCACUGGUGGAGGCCCUGCAAGGCCGUAGGCUGAAAGGCUGGAGUGCCAACCCUAGCAACCAGCAUCAGAAGCUGGACAACGUCACUACCGCUUUGCAAGCCAUUGAGGACGAUGGGGUCAAGCUUGUUAAUAUAGGAAACGUGGACAUCGUAAACGGAAACCUAAAAUUGAUUUUGGGAUUAAUCUGGUCACUAAUCGUUAGAUACCAAAUUGGUAGAAGUAAAUUCCCUCCGAGAAAACUGAUGCUGUCGUGGCUACAGUCAGCAUUGCCGGAGUGUAAGGUGGGCAACCUAACCACCGACUGGAACAGCGGAGUCCUGCUCUCAGCUCUCCUUGACUACUGCAAGCCGGGCGUCUUCCCGCGCUGGCGAGAGCUCAACCGACACGAGGCCAUAGAAAACUGCAGACGCGCCAUGAAACUGGCGCACCGUGAGCUAGACGUCCCAAUGGUCCUGGAGCCAGAGUACCUCGCGUCCCCUUGGCUUGACGAGCUCUCUGGCAUGACCUACUUGUCGUACUUCAUGAAGCCAGGCUCUGCAGGAUACAGAGCCACCUUGGACUUUGUCAACUCGAAGAUUGAACGUGGAAUUACCAACUUUACAACUGACUGGAAUGACGGUCGAGUAGCAAAUGAGCUGGUCCGGUCUAUGGGCGGUCCAGCGCCGCCUCCAAGCCGGCUGCGGAGAGACCCGGCGCGCUGGGAGGAAAACAAUCAGCAGGCCAUCGACGCUGCUAAGAAAAUCGGUGUUCAGCCAGUGUUAUCGGCUCGAGACAUGAGUCAGAACGACUCAGAACACCUGGGCGUGAUGGCGUGGGCCACUCAGUUCAGGAACGUCCCCCCUCGUCCUCCGGUACACGACAUGCUGAGGGUAGCGCUUGACUCCACUUCUGGAAGAGUUGGCGAAGAGACAUUCAUUCGAGUAGAAUCCAUAUCGAACGAGCUCUCGAUAUCUGAUGUGAAGGUAUCGAUAGUGAAUCCCUUGGAGCAGGAGUCAAGGUUGAAACUCGACGCCCGUGGCGCUGGCGAGUUUGUUCCCGAACACGCUGGCAUGCACGAGAUUGUGCUCACCGUAGAUGAUAUGAGGGUAGAUGGCCGAUACUUCUUCCGGGUGCUUCCGCGGCUGGUGACGGUGCCUCCGCCCGGAAUGGCGCCCUGUGCUGCCGGCAGUAUUGUCGAAGUCCUAGUUAGUGCUACAGGAGCACCAAGAAGAGAGGAUAUCGACGUCACAGCCCACUCUCCCAGCGGCCGCGCCGUGCCUCUCCAAGCACGGCACCCUCCCCCCUCCGCGCCCGGUACCACCGCCUCCAGUGCCACCUUCCAGCCCGACGAGGCUGGCACUUGGACCAUCGCCAUCACUUACAAAGGAGAACAUAUUCAGGGAGGCCCAUUCACGUGCGAAGUAUUCGACCCAGCCGGCGUUCACCUCAGCUCAGGCGCUUUGGAAGGGGCAGAACCCCUAAAACCGCAUUCGUUUGAGCUGGACACCAGCGGCUGUGGAGUGAAGGGUGACCUACAGUUGGACAUCGUCCACGACAAGAGGAGCGUCAUGUGUGCGCUAGAGAAACUCUCUGCUACUAAAUACAGAGCUACUUUCAUGCCCAAGGCACCGGGAAAACAUAGACUGUACAUCUACUUCAAUGGUUACGACGUGAACGGCUCCCCCCACUUAUUCCGAGUGGGGUCCAAGUCUAAGAAACCUCGGGAAAGCUCUAGUCCAUCACCAGCCUACGCGAGGAUCUCCAGUCCAGUCACCCGUCUCAGAUCCGAAAGCCCGAUGAAUCAAUACAGCUUGUAUGAGUCAAAGCACAAUACGAGUUCGCUGGAUCGUCGGGAAGAGCGACGUGACUCCGGCGAUUAUUACAAAUACUCCGACAUCAAAGACAAGAGCUAUGACGUCACGGACUCCGCAUAUUCCACCUCCAGAAUCAAUAAAAAGGAGUACAGAUAUGGCUCAGAAAGUCCUAGGAACAGAACCGCCAGUCCGAUUACAACGAAGCAUCUUGGAAAUGGUUCGAGACUUACACCGUCGGACCUCAAUAGAGCAACUAGCCCAUAUCGAGCCAGUAGCCCGUACAGGGCUACUAGUCCUAUCGGUAGGACUACAAGCCCUUUGACGAGAAAGGAUAGCCCUCUAAAUCGCACCUCCAGUCCGAUCAAUAGGGUUAGCACUCCUACAAGUAGUGAGCAGCGUUACAGUCCAGGGACGACGACCAAGCGUGUGGUGGAGAAGAGGUCCAGCAGUAACUACAAGAUGUACAGCUCCUUCGGCUCCCAAGACAACCUGGAUCAGACCAGCCCCUACUCCUCGCUGGAGGCCGACCGCGUCCGGAGGCUUGGCAGCCCUAGCAUGGGUGACCCUGGAAGCAGACCAUACAGAAGAGAUUCGUUUGAUACUGUCGAAAAGACAAGACAAAUGCUGGGUUCUAAUAGCUUGGAGCAGACCGCGAGUCCGGAGCGUUUCGGACAGAGCACGCUCGACCGCGAGACGAAACGCAACACGCAACUAAACAAGUUCACCGAUUUCUCCAGAGACUCCUUCAACAAACAGCUCGACCGGUUGGCCGACGAGCGCGACUCAGACACUUACAGCAGUCGACAAGAGUUCAAGCGCGAAAUUCGCGAGAGUUCAUACGUGGUGCGUGACUCUUCUUAUAGUAGUGUGGAAGAGAGACAACAACACCAGCAGCCUUUUUUAUCCAAUAGGCCCCCCCGCGACCCUGCCGGGGGGGCCCGCUCUGAAACGGACGCCGCACACGGCCGUUUCAGACCAAUACAAAGGGAUAACAAUAAAGGUGCCAAAGGAGUUAUCGUAAACCCAAACUACAAAGGCGUAGUGGGACAACCUGUCGAGUUUGUAGUGGACUGCAGCACCGCGGGCGCAGGUCACCUGGAGCUUGAAGUAUCAGGUGGGAACGGGGCAUUAGUGGCCAGCUCUGUGCGGCCUCUUGGAGGCAACCGGUACGCUGCCGCCUUCACGCCGCGCAUUGCGCGCGCGCACAUUGUGCGCAUCACCUUCAAUGAAGAGCACGUACCAGGAUCCCCGUGGAAGGUAGAGGUGAUGGCUGGGCCGGCGGGCGGUGGCGGCGAGCCUGCCCGGCUGAUCCCCGCGCGGGUGCCCGCUGUCUUCGAGUUCACCGCGCCCCCCGGGACCACCACGUUCAACAAAAGUGAGGUCGGAGUAACUGUGACCGCACCGUCCCGUCGCCCGGUGCCUGCUCGGGUGUUGGACGUGACCGAACGACCAGGGGUCUACCGCAUUGAGUUCACGCCGGAGGAAGUCGGCACACAUCUGAUUGAUGUUUCGAACGCCGAUGACAAAUUAGCUGCAGGUCCGUUGGUCGCCAAGGUGUAUGAUGCUAGCCUUAUCAAGGUCACAGACGUUGGCAAUGCUGUCGUCGGGCAGCAAUGCCAGUUCAGAGUGGACGCUAGUGCAGCUGGUGAAGGGCAGUUGGAAAUAUCUAUCAAUGAGGGAGAAGUACCUAAUCACGUCCAGGUAGUUGGUGGUGGACGAUGCUUAGUGUUUUGGAGGCCUGAAACUGCAACUCCACAUAGAGUAGACAUCAAAUUCAAUGGGGAACCAGUACCUUCGUCGCCUUUUGUAUUCCACGUCACACCUGCUCAACGAGUUACUAUUGAUACUUCGCAAAUUGAACUAAUACCAGUAGACGAGACUGCAUCAUGUUCGGUGCGCGUCGAGGGCUCCGGUGGCGGCGAACUCACUGUGACUGUCCGCGGACCAAGAGGCGAAGUCCCAGUGAGACUCACUGGAGAUAUAGUAACUGGACUCGUCGCCAGCUUUGUCCCGAGACAUGUUGGGCCUCACACACUCACGGCUCAUUACAACAAUCAACCAGUACCGGAAACACCAUUUGUCUGCAAGGCAUAUGACGGAAAACUAGUCAGUGUGACGGGAGGGUCAUCGGCCCGUGUUGGAGUGCCAGUGCAGCUGGCAGUCGAUGCUGCUCAGGCCGGAGAGGGAAACCUUGAGAUCACAGUGGCCGCAAGAGGUCUCAAUAUUCCCACACAAGUUCAUCCGCAGGGGAAUGCCCGCUUCACUGUAUCAUUCACUCCAACAGAAGCUUGCGACCAUGUCGUCAAUGUAUCAUUCAAUAAGAUGCGCGUCCCCGGCUGCCCGCUGGUGAUCUCAGUGUCGGAAGGUGCGGGGGGCGGCGCGCGGGUGUCGGUGCCGGGCCCCGCGCCGCUGCACCGCCCCGCCGCCCUCACGCUGCACCACCCCUCCGCCACGCUCGACCAGAUAGAGGUCAAUGUUGAGGGUCCGAACGGCGCGUCGGUGCCGGCGGCCGUGGCCUCAGCCGGCGCCGGCGUCUUCCGCGCAGAGUUUGUGCCGAGGGCCGUAGGAGAGCAUCGCCUCAACGUGCUCGUCGAUUCGGUCCCGAUUCCGGCCAGCCCGUUCCAUUUGAAAGUUUAUGAUGUCACCGCUAUCAGAGUGAAGGACGUUGCGCAUGGAACAGUCGGCAAACCUGUAACUUUUCUAGUUGAAACAAUGGCCGCCGGACCCGGCAACCUUGAGGUGACAGUAAACGGCGGCAGAGUGCCGACUGCGGCGGCCGCGCAGGGAGCGCACACGUACGCCAUCAGCUUCACGCCCCGCGACCCCCGCCCGCACACCGUCGAGCUGAGGUUCAACGGGGACCACGUGCCUGGCAGUCCGUUCGUAUGCCACGUGUCAGCGCCAGCGCGCGUUAUCGGCGCGGGCUCCAGUGAAUCACCCGACAAGGUGUCCGUGGGAGACCCCUACACCUUCAGUGUUGAUUCGCCCACCUCCCCACACGUGGAGGUUUUGGGUCCUGCCCGUAGACCCGUACCUGUACAGGUAUCAGCAGAAGAAACAGUGGGAGAAAAUGAAGCGAGCAAGCGUUAUACUAUCUCUUUCGUUCCGGUCGAUGUCGGAGAUCAUAGUAUUGAGGUUCGAGCGGGAGCAAUGGGGGGCCACGUGGAGGGCAGCCCAUUCCUGGUGAAGGCGUACAGCGCAAGCCGCGUGGCAGUCACGGACAUAUCGCCCGGAGUUGUCGGCCGACCUGUUUCUUUUACCAUCAACGCUUCUCAUGCAGGUGCUGGCAAUCUGGAAAUAAUAGUCGCGGUCAACGGUAGAAACGUCCCAAAUUAUGUACAAAGUGAAGGAAACGCAAGAUUUAAGGUGAACUUCAAGCCAGUAGAGCCAGCGCCGCACAUGCUGUCGGUGCGUUUCAACGGGCACACUGUCCCCGGGUCGCCGUUCGUGUGCCCGGUGACGGCGCCCCCGCACGCGGGCGAUGCGCGGGCACACGGCCCGGGGCUCAGCUCCGCGCCCCGCGCCGAUCCUGCCGAGAUACACCUCACUGGUUUCCAUACCGGUGAACCAACGGUAUACGUGUCGGGGCCCGGCGGCAGCAACGUGAGGACGCGAGUGACGCCGACAGGUGAAGGCCGCUAUACAGCGACGUACACACCAGAAGCUGUCGGUCGGCAUAGCGUCCAAAUCACUUCCUCGGGUCGCCAUGUUCCUGGCUCGCCGUUUACUUGUAACGUGUAUGACGUGAAGAGAGUUAGGGUCACGGGACUUGGGCCUGGAGAAUUAGAAGGCACAUUAGAAGGUCUCAGCUUAGAUGACGUCGUAGACGAAGAGCGCGGUGUGGAAGUUGGCAAACCUGUCACAUUCAGUGUAGACGCGGCGGGGGCAGGCGAGGGUACUCUAGAACUGGUUGUAUCAACACCAUCUACCACGGUCAAAGCUGAGGUGGUAGCCGUAGCCCGAGGUCUAUAUGACGUGACCUUCGUGCCAGUGUCCCGCGAGCCUCACCGAGUGUCCGUCACAUUCAACGAACAAGCGGUGCCGGGAAGCCCCUUCGUGUGUCGAGUCAGCGAGCCACACACUUAUGUACAAAUAGGCGGCAUCGCCACAGUUGAGAUAGACGAGACGCUAUCAGACGUGGAAGUAAUAUCUCCGACCGGAGCUCGAAUAUCCGAAGCGCAUCUAGAAGACACGGGUCUCCUCACGUUUCCCGCGCUCAAAGUAGGCAGAUACAUGGUGCGCAGUUCCAGAGGCCCCGUGGCCGAGGUCGAGGCCUUAGAUGCUUCGGCCGUCAAGGUGCUGUCCAUUGGCGAUGCCGUGGCCCACAAACCUGCAAUCUUGACAGUGAGUACAAGCGGAGCGGGCGCGGGCCGUCUAUCAGCGCGCGUGUGGUGCGGCGGCGCCAGCGUGCCGCACUCGGUGCGGCGGCGCGGCGGCGGACGGCAGGAGCUGGUGUGGCACCCCGCGCGCGCCGCGCCGCACCGCCUCGCGCUGCUGUGGAGCGGCGCGCCGCUGCAGCGCCAGCCGCUGCUGGUCGACGUCAUGCCCGCGAGGCACCCGCAACAGGUCACAGCAUCAGGCCUUGGCUUAUAUCAAGCGCAAGUGGGCAAAGUAGCGUCGUUCAGUAUCGACACGCUGGGGCGGCCGGCGCGGGAGUUCGACGUGGUGGUGUCCGGGCCGGGCGCGCGCGCGCUGCCCGUGCGCUGCUAUCAGACCAAGUCCGGGAUGCUGCAAGCCGAGUUCACUAUCACUGAAGUGGGACAAAGCACUAUUGAAGUACUACACCUAUCGAAACCAGUGUCUGGCAGUCCGUUCACAUGCGAGUCGUUCGACCCCAACAGAGUUAUAUUGUCCGGGUUGCCCACUGGGAAUAUCAUCACACAUACGCCUAUUAAUUUUAAUGUGGAAACAAAAGAUGCCGGUGUGGCUGAACUGGAAGUAGUAUGUGAGGCUAUGGGCGAUGGAGGGGAAGGCGGGGGGGAGAGGAGGGUGCGGGUACCAGUCGACAUCAGAGAAGAUGGCCGCUCGUACCGCGUCAGGAUGAGGCCCGCGUUGCCUGCGCAUUACAGAAUUUACAUCACAUACGGAGGUGCCGCAGUGUCAGGCAGUCCAGUGUCCCUUGGCGUGUUGAACGCCCGCAGCAGUAGUGUGACGCGCUGUGCCGGCACCGGAUUGGUUCACGCGCACGUCGGCAAAGAGGCCGCCUUCACUAUACAUUGUGACGAAGACACUACUCCCACUGUCCAGGUGGAAAGACUAACAGACGGCAAGGAAGACUCGACAGACUCGGGCCUGUUGGAAUGCCGCGUGGUGACUGGCGGACAUCGGGAGUGGCUCUGCGCCUACAUCCCUCUAGUCGUGGGCUUGUACGAAGUCAGGAUAUUCACCGCCAGCGGCCCGCUACCUGGCAGUCCAUUCUCCGUCAAAGUAAUAGACACGUCAGCAAUAAUGCCAGUGGGCGGGUGGGGUGCGGACAACGCGGGGCGCGUGCGCGCGCCCUCCAAACUGGUGCUGGACACCAGCAACGCGGGGCCCGGCGCCCUCGAGUGUCUGCUGGCCGGCCGCCACCAGCGUGUGGAGACAGUGUCCGGUCGCGCAGUGGUCACUCUAUCAGGCGAGGGCGCAGGCGCGGGCGAACACGAGCUAGAGCUGACCUACAACGGAGCCCUAGUGGCCGGAGCUCCGCGGAGGGCGCUGCUGGCGGCGGCCGGGACUGCGGACCGCGUGGCGCUGGCUGGGCGAGGACUGGCGCAUGCCGCGCCUCACACACCCGCUGUAUUCACUGUUGAUGGCAGUGCAGCCGGCCCCGGCGCUCCCGAAGCGUCACUGACGUCGCCGGACGGGGACACGGUGCCGGUGGCGCUGGCGGCGGCCGGGUCCGGGCUGUGGCGGGCCACGUACACCCCGCGGAGGUCCGGGGACCACCAGUUGAGGGUCACGUGGGCCGGACGAUUGGUCAAAGGCUGCCCGCUAACAGUGGCCGUGUCUCCCGGCGGGGAGAGCGGCGACGCGUCCCGUGUGGCGUGCACCGGCACCGGACUGGAGUCCGGCGUGGUCGGACACGAGAUCCGGUCCUGGAUCGACACGCGCCGCGCCGGACCCGGCGAGCUGACGGCGCACUGCACCGGCCCUAACAAGGUGGCAUACUGCGAACUAUACGAACACGGCGACGGCACGUUCACAUUGAACGUGAAGCCAGCAGAGGCGGGUCGCCAUGUACUCAGCAUUCAGUUUGCUGGAGAACAUGUACCUGGAUCGCCUUUCAUACUCAAAGUUGCCGGUGCGCCGGACCCGUCCAAGGUCCGAGUGUACGGGUCGGGAGUGGAGCCCGGAGUGCUGGCAACAUUCCAGUCCCGGUUCUGGUGCGACACGCAGGGCGCGGGCGCGGGCCAGCUCACGGUGCGCGUGCGCGGGCCCAAGGGCGCCUUCCGCGUCGAGAUGAAACGGGAGAGCCAGAAGGACCGCACUAUACUAUGCAAGUUUUCACCCACCGAACCCGGUGACUACCGCGUGGAGGUGAGAUGGGCGGGUCGUCAUGUACCGGGUUCUCCCUUCCCUGUCAUGAUCUUCGACACACAAGAGGAAUUGCGAAGAUAUCUCCAAGCGUCCGCAGCUUGAUGGUUUUAACAUCAAGCACUCUAUUAACACUACCUUUUUAAAGCAGCUAGCUCAUUAGUUGAUACAUAUCAGGCUUUGACUUAUAAGAAAUAGUCUACUAUGAAGUUAAAAUAAACAUAUUCCAUGCGUUACUCGCAUAAUUUUUGAGUAUUCUUGUCGUUAAUCGACUAAUGAACAAGCUGCCUAGCUAAGGAAUUUAUCGCGAAAAAUGAAUCUCAGUACACCAUGAUAUUUAGAAUUAAAUAGGGAACUGGACAAAUAGUAAAAAUUAAGUAUAAGCAAUAUUAUGAUAGAUUAAAUUACAUGAACUUAUGCGAUUUUUCAGCGUCAAUAUAAAUACUAAUUUACUGAAGAUCUAACUUUUUGAAAAAGUCGUUUCCUGCCUAUGGGCGUUAUAAAAAAUGUAAGUUUAGUAAAAGAAAGAGAAGUAUAGUAAAAAAAUUAUGUUUUUUUUUUCUUAUUUAUAUGAUGUUGGGAAUUAUUUUGUUUAUUAAAGCGAUUCUUUCACUUAUGAUUCUAUAAUUGUGACAUUAUUCAAAGAGGUAUCAAAUCAAAAAUUUGUCCGGUUGCCUAUUUAAUUCGAAACCUGAUUUGUUUAAUUAAGUACAUAUAAUAUCAAAGAAUAUAUGAGUGUAUAAGAUUUUCCUGAUGAUGAACAUAUAAUAAAUUGAUUUAUUUAGUUAUAAUAAUAUUUAAAAAAUCCCAUCAAAAAGACAAUGACAAUCCGUCCAAUACUUUAAUAUUUUAUAAGUGUAGUACAUACUAUCAUAAAUAAAUGAAAUGGUCGCAAUGAAUGUAUAACGUCUAAUAUAAUUUGAGGAGGCGGAUAUGAAAGGCAUAAUACUUAAAUUGUUUUUUUUUUUUAAUUUGUUAAUAUUUAUUAAUACUGGCAUUUAGACUUACAAACAUUUAACUUAAUUAUUAUAAACUAACGUAUUUUUAUUGUUAUUCCCGACGGAGUUCGAACAGUCAGACAUGUUUUAGAACUUCGUCGGUUACCCCCUGAUUCAGGUUACUAAUUGUUAAUAAAUUGAACUUUAUUA